GUGGAGGCAUUUCCAGAAAUUCCAGAUGGCACUGAUGGCAGGCGCAAAGUACGCCAUCUCGUUGACAGAGUAGUCUCUAAUAUGGCCUUCAGAAAGUGCAGUACAGCAACCACUCGAGACAAGGAACAAGCGACACUUUGACAUUCUUGAAAUAUUUUCAAAAAUAAACAAGCAGACGAUAAUUUAUCGCAUUUAGAUUUUGCGAUACAGGUCGUAUGUAACAAUCGAAUUCAGGAGAAAUAUACUAGAUUUUUAUCAAGUAACCUACACAUCGGUUACUUCAUUGCUUCAGCGUACAAUGAAUUGUCGGUGUAUUAUAGGUUAUCGUAAACAUUUUUAGAAAUUCGGACCGGUUCCAGAAACACACGAAUGUGCUCGAGAUAAUUGAACUUUCUUCUUGAGCGAAUAAUCAAACUGUUUGCUCUUUUCAUAUAUUCGAUAAUUGGACUACGUUAAGUGUCUGUAGGACUUUGUAGAGAUCUUUAUUUAAUCAUGGGAUCUAAUCAUGAUGAAACGUUUUUGCACAUACUUAGUGAAGAAAAAAACAUCAGUAAUUUUUUGGAUGCUUUUUUUGGAUUUUUAAAUAGAUGCACAGACUUCUAUGUCGAAGCGAACUCGGAGCAAAAAUUGGGCUUCCCACCGGGAAUAGCAGAGAAACUUGUAUUAAAUGCCAUGUACAAGUGGAAGAACACUGCAGCUUCUUUACAAAAGACAACAUUGUCUGUAAAUGAUGAUACAAACAGCAGCAGUGUGUUAAACCAAUUAGUUUUGAUGCAAAACGAGAAUAGCAGUCCCCCGGUGGCGCAAGAAAUUGAAAUUGAUUCGUGCAACAAAUCCAGCAAUAUUAAUUCAUCAUCCACGCAAUCAUAUAAGACAAAUCAUAUAUCAGACAGUUACAAUGGAGCAGUAAGAGAAAGUUACGUUUGGACGCAGACUCUCAAUGAUUUGGAUGUACUUGUAAAAAUACCAGAGCGUAUAAAGGCGUCUAAAGAUACACUCAAAGUCGACAUAAGCUCGAACGAGAUCAAAAUUGAUGGAAAACCUUCUGCUUCGACGGCAGAUUCCGAGUGGGAAAACAUUUUCAACGGCAAGCUUAAUUUUAAAAUUCGAAGAGAUGAAUCGAUGUGGAGCAUUGAAGAUGAGAAACAAAUUAAUAUUCAUCUUGAAAAGACUACGGAAAGAUGGUGGGAAGCCUUGAUAACUGAUGAACCGAAAAUUGACUUAAACAAAAUCGAUUGUUCGAAACAUUUCGACGAUAUGGCGCCAGACGAACAAAUGAAAGUGCAGGAAUUGAUGUGGAAUCACCAACAAAAGAUCUUAGGCAAACCGACAUCUGAGCAAAUUAAGAUGGAGGCCACUUUGAAGCAGGCGUGGAACGCGAAAGGAUCGCCUUUCCAGGGUACAUCUUAUGAUCCUUCCAUUUUUAAGUAUAAUUAAUCUAUUUUCUGAAAUUAUGUUUAUAUGUGUCAAAAUCAGAUUAUGUUUAUAUUAAAUAAU